GUUAAAAAUGGUUAUGGAAUUUUCAUCAUCAAGAAGUGAAGCAUUCCCUGCUGGUUUGAGGGUCUUGGUUGUUGAUGAUGAUCCUACUUGGUUGAAAAUUCUUGAAAAGAUGCUUAAGAAGUGUUCUUAUGAAGUGACUACAUGUGGACUGGCUAGCGAAGCAUUGAAGUUGCUUCGUGACAGAAAGGAUGGUUACGACAUUGUCAUAAGCGAUGUCAACAUGCCGGACAUGGAUGGAUUUAAGCUUCUUGAGCAUGUUGGACUAGAAAUGGAUCUUCCUGUGAUCAUGAUGUCGGUGGAUGGAGAAACGAGCCGAGUGAUGAAAGGUGUUCAACAUGGGGCUUGUGACUAUCUACUCAAACCGAUACGUAUGAAAGAACUCAAGAAUAUAUGGCAGCAUGUGGUGAGGAAACGAAUGCACGAAGUGAGAGAUAUCGACUGCAUUGACGACAGAAUCGGAACAGACAAUUUUUACGAUGGACACUAUGGAGGUGAUCAAAUCUUGUUGAAGAAAAGAAAAAACGUUGAUAACAAAAACGAUGAGAAAGAUUCAAGUGAUCCGUCCACAACGAAGAAAGCUCGAGUCAUUUGGACAGUCGAACUCCAUCAAAAAUUUGUCGAAGCUGUAAAUCACUUAGGAAUCGACAGCGAUAAGAUUCGUCCGAAAAAGAUAUUGGACCUGAUGAAUGUGCCACGGCUCACAAGAGAGAAUGUUGCAAGCCAUUUGCAGAAAUAUCGUCUGUAUUUGAAUAGGCUACGGAAGGAAGAUAAAAUUGAAAGUUCUUGUGGUGGAACGAAGAAUCCAGAUCAAUCCCCUAAGGAGUCCGGUGGAAGUUUUAGUCUUCAAAACUCCAGUUUCGGACAGCUUAGUGACAUCAGUAGCGAGUUUAAGUAUCCGGAACAUCAUUUGCCUGUUCAGACUGUUGAGACUAAACCCUUUGACUGUACUCCAGAGAGCAGACAUUUGCUGCCGUUGACAGAACAUACAACACCCGUUAGCAGCGAGAAUUCUGAUUCUCGGCAAAUAGGGAAUUCGCCAUUCGAGUCUUUAAAUAUGAGCGUUGAGCAUGGCUCAGACGUGCAGUUCAAACCUGAUUUAGAACCUCAUCUAAAAUUGGAUACUUGUUUCAACCAGCCGACGGCGACCAUAUUACAGCCGCACAUCAGUGCUGAUCUCCUUGAGCCUGCUCCGCACAUCAGUCCUGAUCUCCUUGAGCCUGCCCCACACAUCAGUCCUGAUAUCCUUGAGCCUGCUCCACUCAUCAGUACUGAUCUUCUAGAUCCCACUCCACACAUCAGUACAAAUCUUAUAGAACCUACUCCGCACAUCAGUCCAGGUCCUUCAAUAAGCGAAGCUAACCAGUUAGGCCUCGUUGAUGUCAAACCAUUGCAUGUUAAGGAGUACGACAAUGAUAUUAGGAAAAUACCCCCCAUGGAAAAUGCACUUGACUCGCUUUCUGUCUCAAACUUUGAUUCUUUUGCUUGUGUUUACGACAUGAAGAAUCAAAAUUUUAGUCCGGGAAUCAACAGCGUCAAGAAACAAGAUCAGACUUUUACUAUACAGCCCGAGAGUCAUCUCUUAGAUGCACAAGGUUUAGAAACCGGCUUCAACAUGUCCUCGGGAAUGAAAAGUCAGAUCUCCUGUCAAACUACAGAAUACGAGCUUAGAAACCAGAUUUUAAAAAGUGAAGCGGCUUCUGGACUCCUUGGUGAGGAGAUGACGUUCCAUUGGAUUCCAUCUGGUGAUGUUACUUCUAAAGAUUUGGGAUUCGAUUACUUCGGAUUCUCAGGGUGCAAUGUUCUGGAGCAUGGAUUCGACCGAUCUUUUUCACAUUACAUACCAAGGUUUGAUUUCGAGUAUCCGGUAGAUUGGGGUGAAUACCCUCUUGAUCAAGGUGUAUUAUUCUCUUGAUCAUGGCAAGAUUAUGCUCAUCAAAGGGACCUCAAUACUCCUUUUUCUCUGCCAGUGCUGGAUUAUAACCUUAACUUCCUGAGUAUAGAGGACUCUUGAGCCAUGUACAAGUACAAUAUUAAACGGAAAUUAUUAUGCAUUGUAUCUGUCUUUUGAAACAUCAAUGUGCAUUAUAUGAGAAUAAAGGUUAUGCA